AUGAUGGCAGAAUCAAAAGAAUCUUACAAAGAUCACAGCCAGAACAUUGAUAUUAACGCUCUGUUAUUGAAUGGAUUGGAUGGGCUCAAACGAAAUCUAUCGGAAGAUCACUCAAAAAUAAUUUAUGCUCUUCAAGCCGUUGAUGGAGAUGAAGAUGGUGAAUUGAAAAACAGGGUGAUAGAAGCAAGCAAAACAACGAAGGAUGCACAUAUUGCGUUGAUUCCUUAUAAGAAAGGCAGUGUACAUUGGGCUGGAAUCUUCAUUAAAUUUAAACCACAGAUGCAAAUUGAAACCAUGAAAGUCAUAGACUCAGCAGAAAAGUCUAAUAUUGAUAUUAACAGUUUGCAGAUUGAAAUAGAUGACAUUUUUAAUGAUGUCUGUGUCCGAUGGGAAAAUGUUGAAAAGCAUUCUGAUCCAGUAAAAAGUGCUGAAGUAACUGUUGAAAACUUACUGCGAACUGCUGCAGAAGCUAUAGACAUAAGCGAACAGUAUAUGGUCAUCAUGGGUUCACAUGAGCAACCGCACAACAAUGAUGAAUCAACUAGCGCUUCACCCAAGGAUGACUACAAGUCUUCUGCGUCGUCAGUGUCUAUAAAUCGUUCAUCAAAGCAUCAUCUAUUGAAGCAAAUCUCCGAGAGUGAAAUCGAACCUACAAUAAUUCAAGAAAAAUCUAGUACGUCUCCACUAACUUACGAAAAAAAUCAAUCAACCUCGGAAUCUAGAAAGUCGAGUGCAAACACCAAUCUUGAAGAGAGACAAGCUGCCCAUGAACCAACAGCAUUCAAACGACCAAAUCAAAUUGCAGAAUAUGAAUGUCGUACAAAUGACGAAGAAAGCAAACAUCAUGUUACAGAAGAAAGUGUGAUAAAUUUGUAUCACGAUUUUACGUCAAUACCACCUUGUGCAGAAAGAUUUACCAUUAAUCUGUUAUAUUUAGUUUCACUCAAAUUUAUUGAUAUUGAAAAAUUAUCAAAAGCUAAUAUUGUAAUACCAGAUGACAUGGAGAUAGCAAUGCUAGAGCAGCUCAACUGUUUGAAUAAGCGAUUGGCAGAUGAAGAUUUACCAUCAAAAUCAAUUCAAAAUUUGGUAGAAACAUGUCGUAUCAGUAUCGAAGACAAAAAUUGGAAGGCUGCAUUGACAAAACUGAAAGAAUUAUUCCAAAAACUUAGUCCAUUGAAUAUGCAGGAGUUAUUUCGACUCGUCCAAAAAGCUGAUGAAGCUGCACAUUUAAUACAAGGUAAAGAUAUUAUUCUUUUUCUUGGAGAAACUGGUGCUGGUAAAUCAACGGCUAUUCAUUUUUUUGCCGGUUCUACAAUGAAGCGAGUCAAGGUAAACGGUUUAAAUCAUAUUUCUCCUACCAAUAUAAAAAACUCUGAACUCCAAAGAGUAACAACUUCACCAUUUGCUCGAUCUGAAACUCGAUAUAUUACUUCUGUUGAAGUCAAUUACAGGAGUGUCGGAGCAUCGACUAACGGUAGUAUCAUACUAUGUGAUACUCCAGGUUUUGAAGAUACUAACGGAGCAGAAGUUGAUAUUUCAAAUGGAAUUGGUGUUGUUAAAGCAGUAAAAGAGUGUAGAACUGUAAAGCCACUUGUAUUAUUUAGUUAUAAAAGUAUAGGAGAUAGAUGUAGUGGUAUAAAACAGUUAGUUCAUGUCAUAGUUGGAUUAAUACCAGAUAUUAAAGAUCAUAUACAAGCUUUUUCUUAUAUAUUUACAAAAUUUCCCGAAGAAGAAAAGAAAACUAUUCACGCUAUGUUACAGGAUGUCAAUGAUGAAUUAAAUGCAGAAGAAAAAGCGAAUGUUAGUUUUACAUGUUUUUUAAAAGAUAUGUUGAGAAAAACAAGAAAAUCAUCAGUUGUUUUAGAUCCAAUUAAUGAUGAACCAGGAGACAUUCUUGAUGAUCUAGCUGAUACUGCUUCUAUUGACCGUCCUCAUGAAGCAUUUCAGUAUUUUACUGCAGAAAAAUCUAAAGCUACUAUACAAGAACAAGUGAGAAAACACCAAAUCAGUAUAAUGUCCGCAAUAAAACGCUAUGAAUAUGUUUUCGUUGAAUAUAAAUUAGAUCAAUUAAAUCGUUUAUAUCAAUUACUUGAACAAGAUGAUAUAAAGCAAGUUUAUGAUGAUUGUAUUCGAUAUAUCAGUAAACUUCUUAAUGAAGAAUAUCAGAACAGUGUUUUAACAUUUAAUCGUUGCUUAACGAAUCAGACAGUUAUAAAUAUCGAAGAUAUCGAACGAUAUCUAACAGCUCUGCAUCAUGCUAAAUUAGCUGAUAAAUUGAAAGAGAAAUAUUUAGUAGGACAAGAAGUUUUUCAUAGUCAGGCAUAUAUUGAAAAUCUCAUUGACAGAGUUGACAUCAUUAUGAAAGAUUUAAAACCAGAAGAUCUUGAUAAAUUAUCAACUAAGAUUAGCUUAAAUAAGAUUAAAACUUUUGCUAAAUAUUUUGAAGAGAUCAAAGAUAAAUAUAAAGAUGCUUGCCAAAUAUUUGCAAACGAAUAUGAUCGAAUAUUUAAAUCGUUUGAAAGUCUAUUAAAGGAAAACAAUAUGAUCGAAAUAGCAAAUAGCUUAACAAAACUUUCUGAUGCAUGCACUAUUUUAGAAGAUCAUCUUAAUAAAGAACUUCUCAAAAGAAAAUAUAACGAAUUAAAAUUAGGUUUUCUUCAAAAUUUUCGUGAUUUAAUCAAGAAAUUCAGUAAAGACACUUCAAAAGAAAUGUAUAACGAUGUGAUCAUUGAAAACUUAAUGCAAUGCUUACAUUUAUUUGAAACAGUAAGAAAAGCGACCGAUCUACAAAGACACAUUGAUCAAAAAGAUAUUGAUAGUUUAUACGGGGGUUUUAUAAAGGAAAUUUUAGAACACUAUAAUCAAACUAAUGAGAAAAUAAUGACCGAAUUAAGUAAUGAACGGUCAUACAGUAAAAUAAAAAUAUUAUUCGAAGAAAUCACGUUAAUCCGAAAAACUCCUCCUGUCGAAACAGAAACAAAUAAAGAGUAUUAUAAAACACUCGAACACAUCUGUGGGUGUAUAAGAGAUUUGAGAAGAGAUAUUGAAUUAAUAUUAAAUGGAUUUGACUUGAAUCGGCAGAUCAGUUAUAGUGCUCUUAUGAAAUGUAUUUCGAGUUUAAAAAGCGCUCAAUGGAUUGAAAAUUAUCGAACAGAUGUUUAUUCAGAUGUCCUCGAUAAUACUAAACAACACAUUAUUCAACAUGUUAAAAAUUUACAAAAAGUCAUUGUACAAAAUGACAUAGACCUUGAUAAUUCUAGUAAUGUCGCAUUUAUAAGUGUUAAAGCAUUCGAAAUUAAUGAAAUGAAAGCUGUUGAAGAGAUUGUUCCAGAUAUAGUUCAUACUAUAGAAACAGUGAAUGACUAUUUCAAAAAUCAGAUAGGUAGUAUACUUAGUGACCUCAAAGCAACAUUUAAUAUUGAUUCUUGGAAACAAAAAACAUCUCAGUUAAUUGAUUUUAAUGAAGCUGAAAAAGGAUUUAAGUUUUUAAAUGAAUGUAAAUCAAUAAAUAUUAUGUUUGGAAUCGAUUCCGCAUCUGUUCUUUCAACAUUAAAAAAUUUCAUAAGAGAGUACAGUAUUAUCAUUCACGAGGAAAUAAAAGAUUCUUUUAAAUUUAUAAAAGAAUUUCAAAAUGGUGAUAAACAAGAAAUAUGUAAGAAGGCAACAUUAUUAUUUGAGCGUUUAGAAGAAUUAUCUGAUAUAACAAAUAAAUAUCCGACUGUUCUUCAAUACCUUCAGAAUAGAAGAAUCAAAGACGAAUGCAAGCGUGAUUUAGAAAAGUAUGCAGCAGAUUUACCAGGCGAAUUAAAUUUUCUAAACUCUGAAGAGAACACUGAAGCUUUUCAUAAUAAAUUAUUAAUAGCAAAAGCUCUAAGUACAGUUGAUUCGUUUAUACAAGGUAAAAAGUACAAUGAAAUUUACUCUACAUAUCAAAGAGUAUUUAUUGAUGCAGCUGGUGAACGUGGUAAAAGAGUAAUCGAAAAUAUUAAUAAUUUUAAAUACGAAGAAAUUCAGAUUGAUUUGGAAACGCUAAGAACAUCAAAAGAAGCUGGGCAGGGACAGCGCUGUUUUGAACAAGCUAAACGGGUAUUUAAUAUUAGUUUAUAUAGUUUAUUAGAAGCAACAAAAACUCAAACGAUUAUGCUUGGAUCGAAAUUAGAAACCGAUGCAAUUAAAGCACUAGUAGAUAAUCUAAAACGAAUAGGAAAUGCAAAGAGAUACAUGUCCGAAUAUACGGAUAAAUCAGAUCUGAUAGAUAGCUGUGUACAGGAAGUUAAAGGAUUAAUUGAAGGACGAAUGAAAAAUUAUUUAAGUAGUGUUAGGGCUGUCAAUAAUAUGGGUAAUUUUUAUGAAGCUGGUGAACGUUUAAAACAUAUACAAACAGUCAAAGACUUAUUAGGAAUAUAUUGUACACAACCUAUUUCUCAAGAAAUAGAUACAUUGAACGACAAUCAAGAUGAAAUUUUAGAUAAUGUUGUAGUGAAAAGAUACAUAGAAAAGGAUAUUAGUGAAUAUACAUUGAAUCCACCAAAGGACAUAUUUGAUCGGUUAGAAAAAGUAAAGGAAACCGAUGAAAGAUAUGUUAAAGCAUUGGGUGACUUACGUAUAGGUAUCAUGAGUAAAUUUCGAAAAGAAUUAGAUGAUGCCAUUAAAAAGAAACCACCAAAUCCUGAUAACAUUCAUAUAAGAAGAUUUGAAGCAGCAAUUAAACAUUUACCCGAUGAUUUGCAAAAAAGCCUUAAAGUAGAAUUUAAACAUUGCAAAGAACAAAUAACCAAAGAUAUUCAACAAAAUGAUAAAGAACUAGAUGGCAUAUGUAAUAGCAAAGACAUUAAGCGUAUGAAAGAAUUGAUUGAAAAGUAUCGAGCAGUGGAUGGUAUGAUGUCUUAUGUCGAUAAAGUUCAAGAAUAUGUUCGUCAACAAACAGAAGAAAUCAUAUCGAUCAUGAAAGAAAAUUUGAAAGAGUAUAAAAUAAAAGAAGCUUUAUCCAGCGUUGUGAAGUUCGAUUCUUACAGAACUGAAUUAGGACAGGUUCUUGAUAUUGAACCGUUGUGUAUGAAAAUUCGAUUAGAAAUAGCAAAUACAUUUCAAGAAGUAUAUGUUAAUUGUAUGAAAUACUUUUCGAAAGAAGAGAAGAACUCAUUGGACGAGGAAAAAAUCGAAGUACCAACAAAUGACAUUUGUUGUGUGUUGGAAUUUAUCAAAUUUCGAGAUAGACAUAAGACAAAAAGUAUUCUAGAAAACAUGUUUCCAAAUGAUUUCGAUAAAAGUCUCAAUAAUUUUAGUGAAACUUUUAUAAAACUUUUUAAUGAAUGUGAAAAAAACUAUAAAAUAGCUUCGACGAACAAUGAUUUUACAUUGUACGAAAAUGUAUUAUCUAUUGUGACUAAGUGGAAUAGUUCCUUAAUAAAAAUAAAAAAUGAGCGUCACGAAUCAGAUAAGGAAGAUAAUUUAAUGUUAAAUAUGGUUACAUGUGUAAUGAAUCUAACACUUAGCUCAUUGAUGUUAGAUACAAUAUCAAAAUAUAUUAAAAAAUUAACAUGUGAAAUAAUACAAACUAGAAUAAUCAAUGAUGACAUCAAUGAAAUAGAAAAAGAUCGAGCACAGCGUUUUAAAAAUCUUAAUAAGAAAUUUUCAAUUUUAAUCGAUGCUAAAAAAGUCAGUCAUUUCUUUUUCGAUAUUGAUAUGAAUAAAUUUGAAAGUGAAUGUCUUACAGGAUUUGGAAAAAGCAUCACCGAAACAUUUUCACUUAUUGAAGCCAUUCUGAAACGUGUUUUUGGAGAAAAUCGUUUUUCAAAUAUAGAUAGUAUUGAUUUUAAUAAGUAUUAUUAUAAUUUAGUAUCAUUUAAACAAGAAAUGACAUUAGCUCCAUGUGGAGUAAAAGAAAAGCUUGAAAAAAUUCAGCAAACUGUUAAUGAAAAUAUUGAAAGUUGGGCGUGUUCUAUUGAAACUAAUCAGACAAUUCAAAAUGUAUGUUCAGUUCUAAUAAAUAUGAAACGUGUAGCAAUGAACAUGUCUGCAUUCAAAGAAAAAAUUGAUGCGCGAAUAGAUGAGCUAUUGAGUAAUUAUAAAAGAUUUGCUAAUGAUAACUUAGCUAUUUCAAAAAUAGGUACAAUUUUAAAUCAGGAUUCAAUGGGUAUAGGUCAACAUAUAAUAAGAGAGCACAAAAUAUUUGAAGGAUACUCAACGUCUCUAUUCAAUGAAAAAACACAAAGACAUGAUAUAAAUUAUGUUUUAGCUAAUUUAGACGGUGAUCUCAUUAAUAAAGAUUUGUUAAGAAAGCGAUUCGAAGAGUAUCAUCAAGUUUAUCAGCAGUUAAUUAAAAAAUAUCUAAAACCUGAUAUGAAAUUAGAACCACUAGUAUCGGAUAUUAAAUUAAUUAUAGGAAUUAAUAAACAGCACUCAGAUAAUAUUGAAUGGGAUACAAACAAGGGUAAGAUUCCAAAAUUAACAGCACAUAUAUUUGCAUUAUGGACACUUAAGUCAGCAGAGCAUUAUUUUGAUGCUAAGGGCUCAGACAAUCAAGAUAGUUAUUUACUUCAACCGCAUGCAGCUCAAAUCAUUGCUAUAUUUCGUAUGCUUGGUAUAGGUGAUAAGAAAGAGGACUUAAAUAACAAUUUAGUGCAAAUAGGUACAGGUGAAGGGAAAUCCAUUACAUUAGGAGCUACAGCUUCCAUACUUGCAUUAUUCGGUUUUGAUAUUUAUUGUGCAUGCUAUAGUCAAUACUUAAGUGAAAGAGACUAUAAAUCAUUUCGAUCAUUGUUUGAUUCGUUAGGUGUACUAAAUUAUAUACAUUAUGGUACAUUUAAUGAACUGUGCGAAGAAAUAAUUAAUGAAGAUGGUCAGAUUCGUCAGGUAGUUGAACAGAUUGUUUUUCAAAAUUUGAGUAGCAUUCCGAAAAUAUCUAAAGCAAAUAAACGUGCUAAAAUACUGUUAAUAGAUGAAGUUGAUAUCUUCUUUAGUCGAGAAUUUUAUGGUAAUCUUUAUACACCUGUAGCUAGUUUACGAGAUCCUACUAUAACAGCAUUAGUUUAUCUCAUAUGGAGCCAAAGAAAUUCAAAUAUGAAUUUCGGUCAAGUGGAAAAGACAACUGAAUAUAAAGCAUGUGUCGAUAGAUAUCCAAAUUGGAAAAAAUUAGUUGACGAAGCUGUCAAGGAUAUGCUUUUUGACGUACGUAACUUUCAAUCACAUGAUUAUACUGUAAAAAAUGGUCAAAUCGCAUAUAUCGAACAAGAUAAUGUUGUUUAUAAUGUUUCUUAUGGUUAUAAAACUUUAUUUGCUUAUCUCCAUGAACAUGAAAAGAGUAACGAAAUAAAUAAAGCAACCGUGGAGAAAAAUAUUUCUAUUGAAAUCAAAUGUGGUAGUUUUUCUUAUGCUGAAAUUCCACUUGAAUUUAGUUACAUGAUGGGUGUAACAGGCACAUUAAAAACUUUAAGUGAACCUGAGAAAAAAGUAAUACGGAACGUAUAUAAAAUUAAAAGAGAUACAUAUAUGCCGUCAGUGUUUGGUGCGAAUGAUUUAAAAUUCAACCAACGAGAUGAUAUCAAAAUUGAAAACGAGAACGAUUAUUUUAAUGUAAUAAAACAAGAAAUAGAGGAUAGAUUAUGUGGAAUAUCAUCAGGUCAGCGUGCUGUAUUGGUAUUUUUUGAGUCAGAAAAAAGAUUAAAUGAUUUUCGUGAUUCACAAGCGCUAACUUUGUUAAAAGAUCACGUGUUUUGUUUAACAGAGCAAGCUUCACUACAAGAAAAGGAAUCAAGAAUAAAAUCUGCAACUGUAUCAGGAAGAAUAACGCUGUUUACUAGAACAUUCGGUAGAGGAACUGAUUUUAUAUGUUAUGAUCAAACUGUUCUUUUAAAUGGGGGUACUCAUGUCAUUCAAACAUUUCUUUCGGAAGAAAUAUCAGAAGAAGUACAAAUAAAGGGAAGAACAGGAAGACAAGGCAAUAGAGGAUCAUAUAGUAUGGUUUUACUUGAUCGUGAGCUUGAGAAAUUUCAGAUAGAAAAGAUUGAUAUUGAAGAUAUUAGAGCAGGUAAAGGAAUUCUUAGUCGCUUAGCGGACGCUGUUGGGCUUACGAAGAAUUAUAGCACUAUAUAUGAGCUUUUAGAUGAAAAACGUACUGAGAUUUUUAAAGCACGAUACGAUAAUAAUAGAAAAUUUGUCGAUCAUGCUCGAAUUAAACAUAAAGAAGCUAAAAAUUUUUUAUUGAAUCUCACUAAUGGUAAUAUCGAAGCCGUUAAAGCUUUCCUAGCUGAAGAAAAUAAGGGAGCAGCGGGCUCAUCAAAGUCGCGGACCGUUUGUUUAAUGGAUGCAACAGGCUCCAUGUCCUCUUUGUUACAUAAAUGUAAAAAUACAUUAGAUAUUAUGUUUGAAAGGGCUUCAGCAAUUUUACGCGAAAAUAAUAUACUGUCGGAUUCAUUUCAACUUCAGCUUGCUGUCUAUAGAAAUUAUAAUAGUACAGAAGAAAAGAUUCUACAGUUUUCACCUUGGGAAACAAAACCGGACAACUUACGUACUUUUAUGAAUACGAUUGAAGUCGAUGGGGGCUGGGGUGAUGAAGCUGUUGAAAUCGGAUUAUGGCACGCGAAUCAAGAAAGUAAAAGAGAGCCUAUCACACAGGUUAUUUUGAUAGGCGACGCUCCUCCAAAUUCACAAAACGAUGUAAAAUCAAAAAGAAGCCAGUAUGGUGAAGAGUACUGGUCAGGAACUAAAUUUCAACAACAGACCUAUUAUGAAAAGGAGCUUGAAAACUUGAAACUCUCUAAUAUUCCAGUGCAUGCUUUUUAUGUUGAAAAACGAGCGAAAUCUGUUUUUGAAAAGAUUGCUAAAAAUACAGGAGGGCGUUGUGAAAAUCUAGAUAUAAAUUCUCCUGCAGGCGCGAAAAUGUUGACAGAUUUAGUAACCGAGGAGAUUCUUAAAAAUGUCGGAGGAUCUUUAAAAGGUGAUAUUCUUGUUAAAGCAUAUAGGGAAAAGUAUUCCAAAACAGACGCACAAUAA